GCGUGACCUCUAAUAAUGCAUAGUUAAGGGGACCGUCGCAUUCGAGGCCGCUUUAGUCCAAAAUCGUCGCCCAAGUGGUUCAACAGAUUGCACGCUUACGGUUCCCUGGUUUCACAGAAAAUGGAUAAUUCCGAUCCCGUCGCGAUCAGUGGAAUAGCAGGAAAAUUCCCGCAAUGCCACAACGUGGAGCAGUUCAAAGAGAGCCUAUUGAGAGGCGACGAUUUGAUAGAUCAUAACAACAGCAGCAGGCAUCCUGCUGGGUAUUAUGGAACGCCUACCGGUUACGGAUCGAUACCUAUUAUCGAUAAAUUCGACGCGUCCUUCUUCGGAAUCCACCACAAGCAAGCCAACUUCAUGGACCCCAGGCAACGGUUGCUCCUCGAAUGCACCUACGAGGCUAUUAUAGACGCUGGCUACAAUCCCACUGAUCUGAGAGGAUCCAAUACAGGCGUCUACGUAGGAAUAUCGGCCUUCAACAACUACGAGGUAUACCGUAACAGAGAGGACACCGACGGUUACACGAACAUCGGCGUGUCCAACGCGUUGGCUUCCAACAGGAUAUCCUAUUGCUUCGACUUCAAGGGGCCGAGUUUGUCGAUAGACACGGCCUGCUCGAGCAGCCUGUACGCCUUCGCCGUCGCCAUCAACGACUUGAACGCCGGCGUCGUGGACAGCGCCGUGGUGUGCGGGGCGCACCUCUUCUUCCACCCCUUCGAUUCCAUCGAAUUCACGAGAUUGGGCAUGCUGUCGAAGGAGAGCAAGUGCAUGGUGUAUUCGAAGGAUCGAAGCGGCUACGUGCGCUCCGAAGCGAUGGUGGCUUACUUCUUGCAGAGGAAGAGCAAAGCCAGGCGGGUCUAUUCGACGGUGCUGGGGGCGGCUUGCAACAACGACGGGUACAAGAAGCAGGGCGUCACGUUUCCGUCCUCCGAGCUGCAGUACGAGUUGAUGGAUACGUUGUACAAAAGAGUGAAUGUGGAUCCCAGGGAUGUCACGUUUGUUGAGGCGCAUGGAACAGGGACCAAAGUCGGAGACGUGCAGGAAUGCUUGGCCAUCUCGAGGCAUUUUGCCGCAGGAAGAACCAAACCGCUCCUCAUCGGAGGCGUCAAGUCCAAUAUGGGCCACGCGGAAAUAUCCUCCGGCCUCUGUUCCAUGACUAAAGCGAUAAUAUCCAUGGAAAGUGGAAUCAUUCCGCGAAACUUGCACCUGGAGAAUCCCGACACGACGAUACCGGGCAUAUGCGAUAACAAACUCAAAGUCGUCAGCGAGAACACCAAACUAGAACCAGGCCUAAUAGGCGUAAAUUCGUUCGGUUUCGGCGGCGCGAAUGCUCACGUCAUACUAAAACCACACGAUAAAAUGAAGAUACAUUACGAGAAACCUAAGAACCGAUUGGUGCAAGUAUCUGGCAGAACCGAAGAAGCCGUGCUGCAUUUUCUCAACGAAAUCGAAGCCCACCAAGACGACCAAGAAUACCUAGCUCUAAUCGACGAAGUCCACAGGAAGAACAUCGAAGGUCACAAUUACAGAGGCUACACAGUUCUUGGAGGAAAACCGGUCAAAGAGAUAUGCCGGACCGCGCUCAACAGGCCAAUCUGGUUCAUUUACACCGGAAUGGGUUCGCAGUGGAACAAAAUGGGCAAGGAUUUAUUGAACAUACCGGUGUUCAGGAAGACCAUUGAGCGAUGCGCCGUCGCUUUGAAACCCUACAACGUCGAUUUAUUGAAGAUCCUCACCGAUGAUAAUCCGGCCACGUUCGACGACAUCACCAAUUGCUUCUGUGCCAUUUCCAGCGUCGAAAUCGCCCUGACGGACGUGCUCCGCGAAUUGGGAAUCGUCCCAGACGGAAUUGCCGGGCAUUCCUUAGGAGAAGUGGGUUGCGCUUACGCAGACGGGACCCUCACGGUCGAGCAGGCGGCGCUUUUGGGAUAUUCCAGAGGCUACGCCUCGACCAACACGAAGAUAAUCCGCGGUCAAAUGGCCGCGUUGGGCCUGUCGAAGGAAGAGGCGCAGAAACUCCUUCCCGAUGGAAUUUACAUCGCCUGCCAGAACUCCAAAACCAGCGUUACGAUUUCGGGGCCGGAGGCGGAAACGAAGGCCUUCGUGGAGGAGCUGUCGUCGCGAGGCAUCUUCGCGCGAUUGGUGAAUUCCGCCAACAUAGCCUACCACACGAAGUACGUCGCCGACGCCGGCAGGCUCCUGCUGGAGUUCUGCAAAGGCGUGCUGACCGAUCCCAAGCCGAGGUCGGGCAAAUGGGUGUCGAGCUCCGUCAAGCCCUCCGACGUCGACGCCGAAUGGGCGCGACUGAACUGCGCUGAAUACCAUUGGAACAACUUCUGCAACACGGUGCUGUUCGAUCAGGUCUACGCGCACAUACCCGACAACGCCAUCGUCGUCGAAGUGGCCCCGCACGGGUUGCUGCAGGCCAUUUUGAAGCGGGAGUUGAACAGCCAACACACCCACAUCAGCGUUACUAACAGACUGAGCGAGGACAACGAACAGUUCUUCCUGAGCGGCGUGGGGAAGAUAUUUUUGGCCGGCGGGCAACCGUGCUUGAGGCAAUUGUAUCCUGAUGUAACGUUCCCGGUGUCGCGGGGCACGAAUCAUCUCUCGCAGGCGAUACAGUGGGACCACAGCGUCUCGUGGUUCACUCCGAGGUUCGACUUCGAGAACUGCAUCGGCAAAACCGUGAACGUUAACAUAGCUGAUAAGAAAUACUCGUAUUUGUGCGGCCACGAUAUCGACGGCAGGAUCCUCAUGGCCGCCACCGGCUAUUUGGAAUUAGUUUGGCGGGUCGCGCUCGAUUUGACUCUCGUCAAGAACAUCGAAAAUUUCCCGGUUGUUUUCGAAAACGUUAGGUUCCUGAGGGCUUCGGUUCUUCAGUACGGAGAAAACGUUUCGUUCCUGGUCAAUAUCAUGAGAUCUUCGGGGUAUUUCGAGAUAUUCGAGAGCGGAUCGGUGGUGUGCUCGGGGAAAAUACUAACAGUUAAAGACAUUUCCGCGGAAUUCAGCGGUGCUGAAGAUGUAUCCGAACCGACUAAGAACGGAUCGCCUGUUCUUAAAACCGAAGACGUUUACAAGGAAUUCCGUUUGCGAAAAUAUCACUACAAGGACAUGUUCAGGGGUAUCGUCGAAGUGGAUCUGUCGGGUUCCAAAGCAAUACUAGAAUGGAAAGGAAAUUUCACCGCUUUCAUGGACACCAUGUUGCAGGCAUCAAUAAUGGGCAACACUUCGAGGAAGCUCUAUUUGCCAUCAUUCCUUCUCAAAGUUGUGAUCGAUCCCGCAAAACAUAUCAGUUUAGCAAACGAAAAAAAAGAGAUCCCCCUUUACUACAACCAAGACCUGGGCAUCUUCAAAUCCGGCGGAAUCGAAUUUGUUUGCAUGGAUACCAUCUUGGCGCCUCGCAAACAAAACACCCAAGCGCCUCCUUUACUAGAAACCUACGAUUUGAUCUACUACGAAACCUCCGUCAAGAAUCAGUACGAUUUCCAAGCGGCUAUUAGAAUUGCACUGCAAAUCGUCAUUCAAAAUUAUCCGGGUAUGACCAAAGAAUUAAAUAUCUGCGAAGUCACCGCAGACGAUAUAAACGAAAAUCUGAACAAAACUAUAAAAUCGAUUUUGGAUCUCCAACCGUUCAUGGAAGUCACCUACGCCUCGAAGGCAGCGAAUGAAAUCAAAACCAAGUUUGAUGUGAUAGUCAUUAACGAUAAAAUUAUCUCCAACGUUAACGUAGCGACUCUAGCCCAACGCUUAACGGACACAGGAUUCUUAUUGUACAAGGGGAAAUACGAGAAAAUCUCGAGCAACAGUCUACAAAUAAUCUUCCAAUCGGUCGCCGACGAGGAAAGCCUCUACUUACUGCGUCCCCAAUGCGACGUCCCCAAAAAUUACGAUAUCCUCCACAUCUCAAACACCAACUUCGCUUGGGUGGAGAAACUGAAAGUUCUAGCCAAACGCGUCGAUUCCCACACCGUCUACCUCGUCUCCCAAGACGAAGACAUCAGCGGCAUCGUGGGUUUCAUGAAAUGCUUGUUGGUGGAACCCACCAAACAACAAUUUAGAGCGGUCUUCAUCGACCAAAAGACCGAAGAGUUCUCUCCCAACAGCGAGCUGUACAGAGACCAGCUGAAGAAGAACCUCACCUUCAACGUCCUGAAGGACAACAACUGGGGCACCUACGUGCACCUUCCACUGCGAGACAUCGAAGACAGGAAAGUCGGCAACGCCGCAGUCAAUAUCAGCGUUAUCGGCGACCUCUCCACAAUCACCUGGAUCGAGAGACCCUUCGAAGGCCUAAGAUACGACCAGGCCACGGACCUAGCUUACGUUUACUACGGGGCGUUGAAUUUCAAAGACGUUAUCGUGGCGAGCGGUAAGUUGAACAUCGAGGACCCGCCGCAUCCCAUGAACACGGACGUGAGCAUUGGCUUCGAGUACUCCGGCGUGACGACGAAAGGCAAACGAAUCAUGGGCAUGGUGGCGAACGAAGCCAUGGCCUUGCAGACGCACGUCGACGAAUAUUUCACGUGGGAAUUACCGAAGAACUGGAGCUUGAAAGAAGCGGCGACGGUGCCUUGCGUUUACGCUACAUGCUACUACGGGUUGAUUAUUCGAGCGCAAAUGAAACGAGGAGCGUCCAUUCUAAUCCACGCCGGUACCGGCGGUAUAGGAAUAGCGGCGAUAACGAUAGCUCUGUCGAUGGGUUGCAAGGUCUUCACGACCGUUGGUUCGAAGGAAAAACGGGAGUACUUGAAGAAGAUGUUCCCUCAAAUAGAAGAUAAAAAUAUAGGUUGCUCGAGAGACGCCACGUUCGAAACGAUGAUCAAAACGAACACUAAAGGAAGAGGCGUCGACGUCGUGUUGAACUCUUUAGCGGACGAGCUCUUCCAGGCGUCGAUGCGUUGCGUCGCCGAAGGUGGAAGCUUCGUGGAAAUAGGCAAAGCUGAUCUAAUGAACUCGUCGCCCAUAAGAUCCAAGAUGUUCCUCAAAAACAUCUCCUUCCACGGGGUGCACCUGGAAAGAUUCUUCUUUUACAACAACGAGCAAAAAAGAAAAGUCCACGCUCUCAUCACCGAAGCACUUGCAAGAAACGAAAUAAAGCCCCUACCUCACAUGGUCUACGGGGAAAACGAAGCCGAGUCGGCCUUCAGGCUGUUGGCUUCCGGAAAACACAAAGGAAAAGUACUAAUAGAAGUGAGAAACGAAGAUUUGGUACCGAUCACAGCGCCCAUACGGAGCAUUUGCGCCAAACCCAGCCUGUACUUCGACUGCAAAAAAUCGUACGUGCUGGUCGGAGGCCUGGGAGGAUUCGGGCUCGAACUGGCCGAUUGGAUGAUCCAAAGAGGCGCCACGAAAAUCGUGCUGAACUCCAGAAGGGGAAUCACCGCCGGCUAUCAAUCGUACUGCUUGAAAAAAUGGACGCAAUUUAAAGAAAUUACAGUUAAAAUCAACACCAGCGAUACGACGACUACGAAGGGAGCAGAAGAACUAAUCGAUUUCGCCAAUCAAUUAGGACCCGUUGGAGGGAUAUUCAACAUGGCGUUGGUUCUGAAAGACGCCUUGAUCGUCAACCAAACGAAAGAGACCUACGAGGACGUGUUCAAGCCGAAGAUCGUUUCCGGCCAGAACUUGGACGCGAUCAGUCGAAGAGCGUGCCCAGAGCUCGACCACUUCGUCGUGUUCUCCUCCAUCGCCUGCGGUCGAGGGAACGUCGGCCAAACGAACUACGGAAUGGCCAAUUCCGCACUCGAGAGGCUCUGCGAGAAGCGGAAACAACAGCAAUUGCCCGGCUUGGCCGUUCAAUGGGGCGCCAUCGGCGACGUAGGAGCCCUGGCGAAAUUAGGAAUAGAGGAUAAAGUAUUUAAAAACAUGCAACCACAAAGUAUCGCAUCCUGUUUGUCCGUCUUAGAAAUGUUCAUGUUGCAAGAGAGGCCGAUCGGAUCCAGUUUGGUUCUUCAAGAGACCGACGAAACUACGCAGAAGCAAAACACUCGAACGCCUGCCGAAGCGGUGGCGCAUAUACUAGGAAUAAAUAAUUUAGAUUUGGUGGAUAAAUCAAUGACGCUCUCCCAGCUCGGUUUGGACUCGCUGAUGGGAACCGAAAUAAAACAAACAUUAUACAGAAACUUCCAGAUCGAUUUAUCGCAGGAGGAAAUAAGAAAUUUAACGUUGGAUGCCUUGGUGUUGAUGAAAAACACCGAAGCAGCGCCGGAACCGGUCAAACCAGCUGUGGAGCAGAAGGCGAAGGCGCCAGUGGAAGACAAUGUGCAGUACAUUUUACCCGACGAGGUUGUCGUUAAAAUGAACAAUGUACGAAAUUCGAGGAACGUUUUCGUGUUCCACCCCAUCGAAGGUAACUUGGACUUGUUGAUGCCGAUGGGGAAGAAGUUGAAUGCGACAGUGUACGGUUUCAACGCCAUCAAAGGGAGCGACUUCGACAGCAUGGGCGACUUGACGAGGUAUUACUUGGACAGAAUAAGGGAAAUCCAACCGACGGGGCCCUAUCAGAUCGUCGGCUACUCCUACGGAGGAGUUGUCAGCCUGGAGGUGGGCUUGCAGAUGGAGAAGUCCGGCGAGAAGGUCGAUUUGACGUUCAUCGACUCUUCGCCGCUGUUCGUCUCGACGGUCACGCAGCAUACUUACAUAAAAAUCGGCAAAUCCGAGUCGAAAACGCAGGAUCGCAUCUUGGAGGUGUUCGCGGAAUCUUUGCCGGAAUCGAACCAAGAGAAGGUGAGCCAAAUUUUGGCGACGGCUAUGGACAUGAACGCGAAGCUGGAAAAGAUUUCGGAAUACCUAGCGAAAGAAACGGGUAUUGAUUACACUAAAAUUUACGAAUCGGCUUUCAGUUUCUACAAGAGACUUAUGCACUGCAUCCAUUAUAGCCAAUCCGAAAUGUUUAACGGAAAAGUUCUGUUAAUCAGGAGGGAUCAUAAUCCUUUCAUCACGGGCGAGGACUACUGUCUACAAGAGAACUGUAAAGAAAAAAUUCAAAUUAUUAAAUUGAAAGGGGACCACGUCACAAUAUUACAAGAUGAGAAUAUACAACGGGUUGCCGACGCUAUUAACAGGUUUAAUGGUUUAUAAGAUUACAAUAAAUAAUUUUUAAGAAAAAAUAUUUCGAUUUGUUUUCAAUGUAAAUAUGUAUUUUCAUAUCAUUAUUGUAUAUUCAAAGGUGGUUUUAUUUGAUUCGAAAUGAGAAAAUGAUUCUAAUCAAACUGAUGAAGUUGUUUUUGGACACUAUUAUUAAAGAAUAUACAAGACUACCCUUUAAAAAGCUAAUUAAUAGGUAUUUCUUUUAAUUUCCACAUUUUUCUCGCAUUUUAUUAAUCAUUUCAUCUCUUAAACUUGCUUAUAAAAACAGGCUUAUUGAAGUAAAAUAUCGGUAAAA